GCCGCUAUUCUUAAGAGGGUGGGAUAGAAAUUCCCUUCCCUCUCUCCUCACGGGGAAAAGAUACUUCAGGCAGCUUUUACAGGAAAAGAAAGUACUUAGGGAAAAGAGAAGAUCGGAACUCAACCAGUUUCAUCUGCAUUGCUUUCAAAGUGCUUGGUGGUAAGUUUGACUUCGGCUGUCUGCAGCCUAGUGAUGGGCCGUAUUAUUAUGGCUGAUCUUUCCUCCGCCAGUUUGGAGGGCUGCCCAGGAUCGAGCGGAAGGGCUGCCGCCGUCCCACGAUCAAGCAGGGGUCCCCUCCUUGCUCGUCGCCCCUACAGGGUGACUUUUGACCCUUUCCAGGGUCCCCCAGCAGAGCGAAACCAAACACGGAAGACGGAGCUUGCCUUCCAGCGGCUGCGGCGGCCGUGAUGGCAAAUCAGAAGUCUGACAAGAUCCGUUCUUGAUAAAUUCAAGCUGACAUCUAAUAAUCACUGUCUUAAAAUCUGCUCAAAUGUUUCUUGCCACCUGGACUUGUCAUUUAUAGAUCAGACACCUUAUAAUAAAUUUCCCCCUCCCGCUUUGUUGUUUACGUCUAAAUAUUCUUUCCUAGCCUCUUCACAAAUUGUGAAAUGACUUCAAAAGGAUACUUUACACAAACCUUUAUUAAAGCAAAGCAUCCUCUGAAGCUUUGUACAGUCCUACUGUGUAUUUUUCUUUGCCUUUUCACCUCCUGUGCUCCUUUUUGUUUUCAGAUCUUUAUUGAUUCUUUUGUGACAUAGCCACACUGGGUAGUUCUGCUGUCUUUCCCUCCCCUCCCCAUUGCUUUUAUAUUGUAAUAUUUCCUUUUUCAAAUAUUCCUAUCCAAACAUGAGCUUUUCCCCCAUACCUUCUCCUGUUGUGGGAUCCUUGCUUACUAAACUCUGCUAUCUUUUGCAGUUUUCUUAGUUUUAUUUUACUUCAAUCUAGAAUCCAAAUACAGUAAGAUCAUUUUUCCCCCAAUUUCCAGAUUCAGUCUUAUGUUCUGCCCUGAACUGAUCCCAUUCAUAAACUUGAAAUAUGAAUAUCUAAACUAACUUCCCUGAUCUGAUGAUUUCCCGAUAAGAUUUCAUAUCUCAUAAUUCCCUAGCCAGCAUGCUGAAGACACCAGGGUGGAUGGCCAAAGCUAGCUGAAAUGUGAUGGGAAAAACUAUCUGAAAUGUUUCAACUCACUACUGUGAAUAGGCUUCCAGCCUGUGCUCCUUGCUGAGAAGUGGCUUAGGCAUUAGUUUGAUUCGAUUUCUGAGAUCCGGAAUCGGAAACCGUGAACUUUUAUCUUUGGAAAACCGGGGCAUUUGAGUUCAUUCAAAAGUUCGAUAAGUCAUUUGUGUGGCAGUGAAGUUCUAUUCACAAGUUUAAGUCACCGCCUGUAUUGCGAAAAUCAAGUGAUUCAUAUAUAUGCGUGAACCAGGAUUGUGCUGUCGUUUCAAACGCAGCUUAUGGUCCCUGACGGCCCCGUCAGAGUUUGGCAAGAAAUCAUUCUGUCCAUCCUAAGGAGUCCCCCCCCCCCCCACGCUCCAGUCCUGCUCAGUCGACCCGUUCUUUGCUUGAAUAUGGAAUUUGUUGUCCAGCGACUGUUUCGUCCGCCUAGUUGCCAUCCUCAAGUCCGUCGCCAGCACCCACUCACUAUGCUACCUCACCCCCACAGACCAAACUAGCCGGUGCACCCGCGGUGGCUUGCACGUGUCUGCAGCUGUGGGCAGCGCUCGGGCUGCCUGACGAAAAGCGCGCGCGCGGCUCCUUUAACAGGAUGGUACCACCUCCGCCCCUUCCCUUCCUUUUCUUGGCGGCGGCGGCGGCGGCACAGCAGCCCUCUCUGUCUGCUCCAGGCCCGGGCAAAGUCAAAGGAGUGGGAGAAGAGCCUUUGCUGCCCGCUAAAGCCGGCGGCCCGGUGGGGCGCGGCCAGUGCAUGAGGGCAGCGGGCGGAGGCGCAGAAGAAGGAGGAGGAGGAGGCGGGGGCGGCGGUGAGUCCCUCCCGCUCGCCCGCCUGGGCACUGGCAGCCCCUGCCGCCGCCUCCGCUCCUCACCGGGGCCCGGGAGACUGAGGCCGCCGCGAAGAGCCCGGGACAUGCGGCCUCUCCAGCCACAGCCAUCGCCGAGGAGACGGAGGACAUGAGGCUCCGCAAUGGCACCUUCCUCACGCUGCUGCUCGGCUGCCUUUGCGCGCUCUUCUCGCUUUCGUGGUACGGGGCCUUCGGCGGGCACAAAGGUGAUGUUGUGGAUAUCUAUCAGCGAGAGUUCCUAGCACUGAGAGACCGUUUGCAUGCUGCAGAGCAGGAAAGCCUCAAGCGGUCAAAGGAGCUGAACGUAGUCCUAGAUGAAAUAAAGAGAGCCAUCUCUGAAAAGCAAGCCCUGCGGGACAUAAAUCGGACGUGGAGCAGUUUAUCUGAUGAAACAAAACUAAAACUGUGGAAUAUCACUAACAAGAAUGUGCUGCACCUCCCAACCAUCUUCCAUCAUUUGCCACAUUUGUUGUCAAAGGAGAACAGCCUGCAGCCAGCAAUUCACCUGGGACAAGGGCGCACUGGAGUAUCAAUAGUCAUGGGAAUCCCCAGUGUCAAAAGGGAAGUCCAUUCAUAUUUGACAGAUACCCUGAACUCCUUGAUCUCCGAGCUCAACCAGCAGGAGAAGGAAGAUUCUGUCAUUGUCGUCAUGAUUGCAGAGACAGAUCCACAAUAUACCACAGGAGUUGCAGAAAAUAUCAAAAGCUUAUUUCCCAAUGAAAUACAUUCUGGUCUUUUAGAGGUUAUUUCCCCUUCUCCACACUUCUACCCAGAUUUCUCCCGGCUACGAGAAUCUUUCGGUGACCCUAAAGAAAGAGUCAGGUGGAGAACUAAACAGAAUUUAGAUUACUGCUUUUUAAUGAUGUAUGCACAAUCCAAAGGCAUAUAUUAUGUUCAGCUAGAAGAUGAUAUUGUAGCCAAGCCAAACUAUCUCAGCACAAUGAAGAACUUUGCUUUGCAGCAACCUUCUGAAGAAUGGAUGAUCUUGGAGUUUUCCCAGCUUGGUUUUAUUGGAAAGAUGUUCAAGUCCUUGGAUCUCAGUCUGAUUGUGGAAUUCAUACUUAUGUUCUACAAGGAUAAACCCAUCGAUUGGCUUCUUGAUCACAUCCUCUGGGUAAAAGUUUGCAACCCAGAGAAAGAUGCGAAACAUUGUGAUAGACAGAAAGCAAACCUAAGAAUCCGCUUCAAGCCUUCGCUCUUCCAACAUGUAGGAACCCAUUCCUCUUUGGCUGGUAAAAUACAAAAAUUGAAAGACAAAGAUUUUGGAAAGCAAUCUCUUCGCAAAGAGCACGUGAACCCUCCUGCAGAAGUGAGCACGAGCCUGAAGACCUACCAGCACUUCUCCUUGGAGAAAGCCUACCUGAGAGAAGACUUUUUCUGGGCGUUUACUCCCACAGCGGGUGACUUUAUACGCUUUCGCUUUUUUAAGCCGCUCCGUAUUGAACGGUUUUUCUUCCGUAGUGGCAACAUUGAACACCCUGAAGACAAACUAUUCAACACAACCGUGGAAGUCUUGCCAUUUGAUAGUCUGCAGUCAGAUAAGGAAGCCCUGCAGGAGGGAAGAGCAACAGCAUUCAAGUACCACAGGACGUCUGAUGGCUACAUACAGAUAGGCUCAUUUUCAAAGGGCAUUGCUGAAGGAGAAGUGGACCCUUCCUUUGGCCCUCUGGAAGCAAUACGACUCACCAUCCAGACUGACUCUCCUGUGUGGAUAAUCUUGAGUGAGAUAUUCCUGAAAAAAGCUGACUGAUACUGAAGUUACAGGGAGUAAUAUAUCCAAUGGCUUUCUAGCUCUUCCAUUCUUCUAAGACAAUGAAGAUGCAUCAGAAUGAGUGAGCUACUAAUGGAGCAAAGCUAGAUGCAUAAAGAGCACCUCCUGCCCCAAGAACAGGAAGAAAAGUCUUGUGGUGAAAUUUGGGAGAACCUUGGAGUUUUGUUACCAUUCUUAAAUGAAGACGGAAAGAAUUUUUCACAUAUAGGUGCUGGGACUCAAUUACAAGAAGCACUGUUGCUGGCUUAUCUCACAGUCAGUUGCCUUUGCAGCUAGAAAACAAACAUAGAAACAAAUAAGAACUCUAGGGAUGAAUGUCCUGUGUAGAAGGUUUUUUUUGUUUGUUUUUUUUUGUUCUCUUGAGUAAGGACCAUGUUGUUCCUAUAUUUCUUUCUUCUUCCUUGGACAUUAAACCAGAAUGUAUCAUUAAAAGGUACAUUUAGAAGUGCAGGUUUAUGGAAUGUGAAGGGAAAGGGAAACUUGACGGUUGAGCACUUAUGGAAAAGAACCAAGAUAUAAUAAUACUUGACCUCCAACCUUUCAAGUAACCUUUGCUAUGUCCCCACCUCAAAACAAAAUGCAAAGGAGAACCAUUCUUAAAAAUUGCAGGGGUGGCAGAUGGCAGGGAUAAAAAAAAAUAACGUGCUAGAACUGCCAUGGUUGAACAUGCCUCUUUCAUAAAUACAGAUCAUGUUAAACUCUCCAGCCUUUUCAUGCCUUGGGAAUCAGUGCAAAGUUUACCGUUUAAAAUCUGUAAUGUACUGGUUGAUGUGAAUUUUAAAAAAGAAAAGAAACUGUAGAUCAAUUCUCAAAGGAUAGGGGUUAUUUAAAACAAAAACCCAAUGUCUCUAACUAUACACUGGAAUGCAUUAUACUACUUUCAUGUGCUGUA